CUCCCCCAUCUCUUCCUAGUUUAUAGAAGGAUGGUGUACUGAGCGCCUCUCUUACAGAACUCGGCCACUCCAAACAAACACUUCGGGACCUUUUCUUUCUUCGGUUUACAUACUGACUUUUAGUUAUGGCUGACAUUGCAGACGAAGGCUUCAACAAGGCACAAUCCAACGGCGAAAUUCACCCUGAAGCCAACGGCGCGCCGAGUUCUCCGAAGUCGGGCAAAAUGGGGUGCUCAGUGGAAAGAGUCAAGAGGAUCAUAAAGGCCAACCUGCUGGUCAUCCUGACUGUGGCCGGGGUCAUCCUUGGUGUGCUGAUUGGACUCGGAGUGCGGAACCUAGAACUGACCAAAGCACAGGUCAUAUACUUCGGUUUCCCCGGGGAACUCCUGAUCCGCUUGCUAAAAAUGAUCAUCAUUCCAUUAGUGGUGUGCAGUUUAGUAUCGGGGGCAGCCAGUCUGGACCCUAAGGCACUGGGUAAACUCGGCGGUUGGGCAAUGCUGUUCUUUCUGGUCACCACGCUUAUCGCUUCGGCUAUCGGCGUGUCAAUGGCUUUCAUCGUCAGCCCGGGCAGUGGAGCCAGCGCCAAACCGACGCUGUCAGGAUUGGACGGAGGGAUCCCGCAGUCUAAGGAUGUGGUGGAUUCAUUUCUGGACCUUAUUAGGAAUAUAUUCCCAUCGAAUCUGGUGUCUGCUGCAUUUCAGUCGUAUGCCACCAGCUACCGAUGGAUCACAACGGAGAAGAAUGUCACCGAGGCAGGAGUUGUUGUCAACACCACCAUUGUCACGGAGAAGGUUCCUGUUGGAAUGGAAGUUGAGGGCAUGAACAUCCUGGGCCUGGUGGUGUUUGCCAUAGUGUUUGGAGUGGCACUGAGGAAGCUGGGGGAAGAAGGAGAAAUCCUCAUUAAAUUCUUCAACUCCUUCAAUGAGGGGACCAUGGUGCUCGUGUCUUGGAUCAUGUGGUAUGCCCCCUUUGGUAUCAUGUUUCUGGUGGCUGGGAAGAUCGUAGAAAUGGAGGAUGUGGUCCAGCUCUUCACCAGCCUGGGCAAGUACAUCAUCUGCUGCAUCAUCGGCCACAUCAUUCAUGGCCUAAUCGUCUUGCCCGUCAUCUACUUCAUCUUUACCCGCAAGAACCCCUACGCCUUCCUGUGGGGUAUCGUGGCAGCACUGGCCACUGCCUUUGGCACAUCCUCCAGCUCAGCCACUCUGCCCCUCAUGAUGAAGUGUGUUGAGGAGAAGAACCACGUCUCCAAGCGCAUCAGCCGUUUCAUUCUACCCAUCGGUGCCACUGUCAACAUGGAUGGAGCAGCGCUUUUCCAGUGUGUUGCGGCAGUCUUCAUCGCUCAACUCAACAACUAUCCUCUCAACUUCAUUCAGGUCAUCACCAUCCUGGUAACGGCUACGGCUUCAAGCGUAGGUGCAGCUGGUAUCCCAGCAGGGGGCGUCCUGACUCUUGCAAUCAUCCUUGAAGCGGUGGGUCUGCCCACCAAUGACAUCUCGCUCAUCCUGGCUGUGGACUGGUUGGUGGACCGCACCUGUACGGUGAUCAACGUCGAGGGCGAUGCCUUUGGGGCCGGCCUGCUGCAGAACUUCGUGGAGCGACAAGGACUGAGUGACGACACCGAACUGACGGAAGUCCGACUAGAUGGGGCCAACCAUUCUGCAAAGAGCCCCCUUCCGCCGGAGGAAGAAGACCUGCCUCUGCUCAAGAAGGACACCGCCAUCACGUUAGAAGGGGUCCAAGUCGCAGGCCACGAGAAAGAGUCGGUCAUGUAACUGGCCGGGGCCAACUGGCAUCCUCCAAAAAGGACAACUUUGAAGACUGGCACCCUUGACCUUUUCAAUAAAAAAUGGGGGGGAGGGGGGGGGAAUAGAGUCGGGUUUAAAAAAAAAAAAACUGGUAGGAAGAGACAAAGAAAGAAGAAGAACUUGUAAAACUUGUAUUGUUCAGUUUAUAGGCCAGAAGGACUCUGCGAUGGCGAGAAAGACUCGAGUCUUGUUUGAGAGACAGUUUCCCUAUUUAUUAUCGGAGCCAGCCUCCCCGGCGUUGGCUCUGCGCCCUCUUCAGACAAUCCUUGGCAGACUCUCUGAGGUUUUUUAUUAUUGUUAUUUGUCAGCGUUCACUUGCUUUUAUUAUCAUUAUUGUUAGCAUUAUCAUUACUGUUUUUCUCUUUUUGGAUCGCUCUCCGACAAUCCGCUCACAUUUCUCUUAGAAAGCUGCGUCAGAACUGCCAAAUUGGGGUCUUCUUGCUCUACUCGAAGCUGGCUUCACCGACGGGACUUGUUCAGUUGUACAAAAUGCAAAAGAGGCGUCUCUUCUGCCUCGUGACUUUAAUGGCUGCAGCAAAAUGGGGUUCUUUCCAAUUUCUGUCUGCGUGUGAACCGUAUAGUGUGCAUUUAAUUUGUGAAGUCGACGACAUGGUAUGUAUGUUACGGACGUAGAAUGUAUGUUUAUGUGUAUGUGUGUGAGAUAUCUGAACAUAAAUGUAUAUGUAGUCUUAUACACGUGACCUGUGCCUAUGGGGUAUGUGUGUGUGUGUGUGUGUGUGUGUGUGUGUGUGUGUGUGUGUGUGUGUGUGUGUGUGUGUGUAUGUAUAUAUAUAUAUAUACACAAACAUAAAACUCUUAAUGUAGCUGUGGAUAAUUCAUAUGCUAUUAUAGUAUAAAUUAGUGUUUGCUUAUGUACAAUAUACAUAAAAUAUCACAUAUCACAUAUCCAUACUAAGUAUAUGUGAAUAUUAUAUCUAUAUCAGAAAUAUGUCUAUUGAUAUAGAUAUCAAUAUAAAUAUAUAUUAGUAUGUUUUGAAAGUUUGAUUAUUCAUAAAGACUGAAUUAUUUACUGUGCUAAGCAAUCCAAUUUACUUCUUGUCAGUGACUUGAGUUGCUGCUCUUCUUCGUUGUUGUUUGGCACACAAAGUGAGUAACAAUUCUUACCUUUUUUUUUUUUUUAUUUUAUUUAUUCUAUAAACAGUUAGAAUGAGGGUCCGUACUGUACGCUCUUUAGCUCAAAGAUCUGCUAUGCAGAUUUCUACCACUUGGUGGCACCAACGUGCAACCAAAAAAAAAAAAAAAACCCAAUGGGCCGUGGGAUUUUGGGAGGGUUGGGGUUUUGGGGGCAUCGUCUGGGCAAGUGUGUGUGUGUGUGCAUAGUGGCUAUAAAUAUUACAUUGAAUGUGUUAGAAAUUAAAAUUUUGUUAUGUUUGUAGAUUACAUCUAGUGGGUAUAUCCAGUAUGUGCCUAGUGGGUGUGCGUAUGUGUAAGCGGAAUGUGCACACGUAUGGCACACACUGUGUGUUUGAGUAGUGCAGUGUGUGUGGUGUGCACCAGUCUGUGUGUAUGUGCAGUGCAGACGUGCACUUUGCCUGGAGUGUUCAAUUCUGUACACAGUACAGUAGUUUGUGUGUGUGUGUGUGUGUGUGUGUAGUGUACAUACCUUACAUCCCGCUGUGUGUGUACAUAUUGUGUACGUGGAAAACUAAAGUGCACUUUGCAUUGAAUUACAGAAGUACUGUUAGCAUAACGUCAAAUCCGUCUCUCUGUAGUGCCCACAAUUGCUGUUAAUACAACCAUUGACAUUGUGUGUGUGUAUAAUAAAAAAAUACGUUUACAUGAUGACCUACAUGGCAGUCCUCUCAACUGUGGUCACAACAUGUCAUGCCCAUGCAGUGAUACUGUGAUGCCCGAGAGGUCCCUGGGUUUUGAUUUAGUGGAAGGUCAUCACAAUGGCAUUCCCACUGUAGCUCCUUUUAAAAUUCCACAAUCAGAAUUCUUUCUGGAAAUUACAAAUGGAGAGCCAAGUGCCAAGAAGAUGCCACUUGGCUGUCCAUCCACGGUCGCCCCGCUAAUGGCAGGCGUAGAGCCAACCCCAUGACUCUUAGAGAUCGAUGUCCUCACAGCUCCGGACAAGCUCUGCUUUUGCUGCUCCUUUUUGUAGUUUUCCAUCUGGAGUCUCCAGUACAUGAUGCCAGGUGGGCACUCGUGUGCCAGUAUGGGCUCUGGAAUAUUUAUUUAUUUUAUAUUUUUUUGUACACCACUAUCAUUUCAGAAUGGACCAUGACAGACAAAUGCCUUUUGAUUUUUCUUUUGUUCAAUUUAUGAGACCACUCCAGCCUGGGCUCGUGCUGACUGAAUGCCAGCGUGGCCAACGCUGUGAUUGCCUGUGUGCCAACCGGGGCAGAACACUCCUGAUUUUAUUUAUUUAUUGUUCUCUCCAAGUAAAAAUCUCCCUUUUUUGAGUGUGUUGUUUUAUGUUAAUAGCAAAAUCGGUGGAAUUUCCCACUUUGGCAUCCCAAAACCCGUUGAUUGAUUUUUAUUCUUCUAUUCUCAAUGUUCCAUUUUCUUCUGAAAUAGAAAUAAAGAUUUUGAAAUAAUUAA